UAGAAAAUAGACUUGCUUGGUGGGCGAUAAAUCGCCACCUGCUGGAGGGAGACCUAUUUCGUCGAGUUGGACCUCUCUCUUUACCUCUUCCUCUCUGAUAGAACCAGGGUGACUGCGCCGUGAACGCGCACGGAGCAGUGGGGCUCGCGGAGGAGCCCUGAGUGUGUGGUGCUGCUGCAACUUGACAGUGAACGUUUGCUAUUUAUCCGGAGGUGUUUACUCUAAACAAGGUUCCAGCAGCAGGGGGCUAAGCAGAAGGCUGUGCUGUGUGGCAGAGGACGGAGGCAGAGAGUGCUGGCCCCUGGGGCUCCUGGCUAACAAUGGACAACACCUCUCUUGGCAAAGUGAGCGGGUCCACCGAAUCAGUGGCCACUGUCACCAGCGAGGAGUUUGUCCUGGUGCAGCCGUCUACCGGAGGAUCCCCCUCAGGCUCAGAGGGCAAGCCCAGACUCAAGAUGUCCUGCAAUGGGAAGGAACAGUUGGAGAGGGCCAUGGAGGAGCUGUUGGAUGACCACGUAGUGAUGGAGGACCGGAGUGGAGGAGCGGGAGAGGAGGGAACCGAGACGUUUCGCGACCCAUUGAACUCCACAGCCCCCGACCCACAGACACGACCCCAAGGCCUGGUGCUGUACUCCACACCUGCUGAGGUGUCAGUGUGUCCUGCAGCAGGCAGCCCACCGGUCCAGGAGGAGGACAGUGUUCAGUUCAGUAAGCUGUCCUACCUGGGCUGUACAUGGGUGAAGGCCCCACGCAGUGAGCCCGAGGCCCAGAGAGCCAUGACCACACUGCGGGCAGAGAGUGCCAUCCCCAUCCCCGUCACGCUCCAUGUGCCUAAUGUACCCGGGGGCUGCGUCAGGAUUGUGGACCAGGCGUCUGGCACGGAGAUUGCCUCCUUCCCCAUUUACAAGGUGCUGUUCUGCGCCCGGGGUCGGGAGGGCUCCAUCGAGAGUGACUGCUUCUCCUUCACUGAGAGCUACCGCAGCUCAGAGGACUUCCAGGUCCACGUCUUCUCUUGCCAUAUCAAGGAAGCUGUGAGUCGGAUCCUGUACAGUUUUUCCACAGCGUUCCGGCGCUCCUCCAAGCCAAACCCUGACGAGAGGGACUCGGCCCUGCCCCUCUCCCCCGACAGUGACCUCUUCACUUUCAACGUCUCACUGGAGGUCAAAGAGGAUGACAGCAAGGGCAAUUACAGCCCGGUUCCCAAGGACCGAGAGAAGUUCUUCUUCAAGCUGCGGCAAGGUUUUCAGAAGAAGGUGGUGGUUAUGGUCCAGCAGAUGAGCAACAAAGAGCUGGGCAUUGAGAGGUGUUUUGGGAUGUUGCUGAGCCCAGGCCAGAAGGUUCGGAACAGUGACAUGCACCUUCUAGACAUGGAGUCCAUGGGGAAGAGCUCGGAUGGAAAGUCCUACGUGAUCACGGGAACCUGGAACCCCAACAUGGCUGCCUUCCAGGUGCUGAAUGAAGACACACCUAAAGACAAGCAGGUGUACAUGACUGUGGCCGUGGACCUGGUGGUGACUGAGGUGUUGGAGCCGGUGCGCUUCCUGCUGGAGACCCUGGUGCGCGUCUACCCGGCCAACGAGCGCUUCUGGUACUUCAGCCGCAAAGCUUUCAGCGAGACCUUCUACCUCAAACUCAAACAGGGUGGUGAGAAGGAUGGCCAGGGUGAUUCCAUGUUGGAGGUAGUGAGCCUGCAGAGGGAGACUGAGAGGAACAACUGGGGCCAUGUUGAGGAAGAGGAGCCUGAGGAAGAUAGCGACAGUGAGAUCUCCAGUGGAACCGGUGAUGUGUCCAAGGACUGCCCUGAGAAGAUCUUAGAGUCCUGGGGUGCAAUCCUCAACAGAUGGCAUGGGAACUUGUCUGUGCGGCCUAAGGGCCUGACUGCGCUGGUGAAGCCUGGGGUCCCCGAGGCCCUCAGAGCUGAGGUUUGGCAGCUCCUCUCAGGCUGCCAGAGUGACCAGGCCCUGCUGGAGAAAUACCGCAUCCUCAUCACCAAGGACUCGGCUCAGGACGGAGUGAUCACCAGAGACAUCCACCGGACCUUCCCCGCUCAUGACUACUUCAAAGACACGGACGGAGACGGACAGGACUCCCUCUACAAGAUCUGUAAGGCCUAUUCAGUCUAUGAUGAGGAGAUUGGUUACUGUCAGGGACAGUCCUUCCUGGCUGCAGUGCUGCUACUGCACAUGCCUGAGGAGCAGGCCUUCUGUGUGCUGGGGAGGAUCAUGUAUGAGUACGGCCUGAGGGAACUCUACAAGAACAACUUUGAGGAUCUGCACUGCAAGUUCUACCAGCUGGAACGACUGCUCCAGGAACAACUCCCAGAACUCUGGUCCCACUUCCAGGACCUCAAUCUGGAAGCUCACAUGUACGCCUCUCAGUGGUUCCUCACGCUCUUCACAGCCAAGUUUCCCCUCUGCAUGGUCUUCCACAUCACUGACCUGCUGUUGUGUGAGGGUCUGAACGUCAUCUUCAACGUGGCUCUGGCCCUCCUCAAGACGUCCAAGGAGGACCUGCUUCAGACUGACUUUGAGGGGGCUCUGAAGUUCUUCCGGGUCCAGCUGCCCAAACGCUACAGGGCUGCAGAGAACGCCCGCAGGCUCAUGGAACAGGCCUGUAACAUCAAGGUUCCCACCAAGAAGCUGAAGAAGUUUGAGAAGGAGUACCAGACCCUGAGAGAGAGCCAGCUGCAGCAGGAGGACCCCAUCGACCGCUACCAGAGGGAGAACCGUCGGCUGCAGGAGGCCAGCAUGCGUCUGGAGCAGGAGAACGAUGACCUGGCCCAUGAGCUGGUGACCAGUAAGAUCGCCCUGCGGACCGACCUGGAUCAGGCGGAAGACAAGGCAGACGUGCUGAAUAAGGAGCUGCUCUGCACCAAACAGCGCCUGGUGGAGACGGAGGAGGAGAAGAGGAGGCAGGCGGAGGAGACGGCACAGAUUAAAGAGGUGUUCAGGAGAGAGCUGGAGAAAGCAGAGUCAGAGAUCAAGAAAACUACGGCUAUCAUCACCGAAUACAAACAGAUCUGUUCUCAUCUCAGUACCAGGCUAGAGAAGCAGCAGGCUGCCACUAAGGAGGAGCUGGACAUCAUCAAGAGUAAGGUGAUGGCGUGUGAGUGCUGCAGGGAGGUGUUCAGUAAAGAAGGGCCUCUCCAGAUGCCCGCUCCCAGCAGAGACAACAGGAACAGUGAGCUGGACGAGGAGAAGGACUCCCUGAAGUCCCAGCUCAGAGAACUGGAGCUAGAGUUGGCCCAGACCAAACUACAGCUGGUAGAGGCCAAGUGUAAGAUCCAGGAGUUGGAGCACCAGAGGGGCGUCCUGAUGAACGAGAUCCAAGCGGCCAAAAAUUCCUGGUUCAGCAAGACCCUGGGCUCCCUGAAGAGCUCCACGGGCAGCACCUCCCAGCCCCCCUCCUCCCCCAAAGAUGGGCCCCCGUAGGCCUUUACACAGACCACCCUGGCUAGGGGAGUCUGGAGGUCCGGAGAAGUCUACAGUAUGCACAGGAGAGCUUAUGAACACUACCUGAAUAACACCUGAGACAAUGCACUUUUCUCUUUCCAGGGGUGCAAGAUAGCCACAGAACAAAGUCAGCCCUCUACACAUCUUCCUCUCUCUCAAACUCACCCACUUUUCCACUGGACCAGCCAACCACCCUUCUUCACUAGAGCUUUGAUGGAAAAAUGACGUGUCGUCAUUCGUGUUGUGUGGAACCAAGAUGGAGAAUGACUGGUAAAUCUAAUGUGGGUUGUCAUUUACACUGUUUACACUGCCGGGCUCCUAGUUGUCUUCAAAAAGCCAAUCAUUUUGUCUUUGAAGUGAGAGGUUAGCGGAGUACUAUAGGAACUCUGGUCCUUAAAACGCCAAGGUGGACAUUCAAUAAUACCGCUCUGCCCACUGGUUAUAUAUUGCUACUGCUGAGUGAUAUAAAAUAUAUAUAGCCUAUCAGCAGGUUAUGUGGCUAACUGAUAUUAUGAGAAAUCUAAGUGCUCAAGCAGUCUUGACCCUGACUUGUAAGGAUCACGCGACAGCUACAGGCAGUAGUUGACAGGCUAGGAAUACGUAUUUGCUACUUAAAAAAGGCAACUACUACAGGAAACAUCUUCAGCAUAACACAUCUUUACGGCUCAAUGAAAGGAGCAUACUGCAUUCAGAAUCUAAAAACUACAUCUUGUUUGUCCUUUAUAGUAAUAUUACGUAAACUAUGUUGUCCUAUAAAUGUGUAUAACUCAUUAUUGAUCAUUUUGUAUCUUGUACAGUUCUAAAACAAAUAAGAAACAAGAAGAAAAAAAAUCCAUUUGGAAUUUGAAUGUAAUUUGAGUGUGGAGGUAAUUAAGCACAGUGUGAAAGAUCUGGGUCAAGUUCAAAUGUCGGAAGAACCAAAGUGACAUUCCUACUGGACUGUUUCAUUCCUGCUUCUAUAACACCAUAGCCUGGUUCAAUCAGACUGAACACUGGGCUCACCAUUGUUUUAAAGGUGCAGCGUAGUCUUCAAUAUGGUUUAACCGGGCUAAUAACUCAAAGUAUACAUAAAGCCUACUGAGCUACUUAUUCCACUGGACUGAGGUCAAAUUUAAACUUGAAGUCAUCGUGUGUCACUCAAGUCUUUGCACAGAUCUUUCCAUUGAUCAGAGUGAAGCAUGAACCAAUCCUAGAUUUGUCUGAUAUCUGAAAGACAGGAGGUAACCUAAUUGUAAUGUAAUGAUACUGGUUUAUGAAGGGCUCCCACAUCUCUCUUCUAUUGUUAGCAGUAACUGGAGUACUCCAUCAAUGCUACUUGGCUGCUUUAACUGUCUCCAUUUAACUCAGCCCAACUGCUACUUUACCAACCCUGACACUCACCUAACCAGAACUUAAAGCACGGUAGUUGAAUAUAGAACAGACAUGGCUCCCAAUAGCUAUUGAAAUGUCAUAAUGAACCAAUGAAAUGUCAGAAUAGAAGGCCAUUCUUAUAACAAAGCACUGAGACCAUGAGGUGUGCAACAAGUAAUUGAACAUUCCAAAAUGUCUAUCCAAGCCAAGGUGCCCAUGAGGGUUAACAUAUGAUGGGAAGAUUCAAUGGCCAUGCAGUAUAACAUAUGAUGGAAAGACUCUCUCAAUAGCAAUGGGGAUUAACAUACAAUGGAAAGACAUUCAAUAGCAGCCCACUCAUUACACUCGUUUUUCUAGAGCCAUAUUAAAGCAUGUUUGUGCUGUGGAUAGCUUCCAACAGACCUGCCAUGAACCCCCACUUUGGCCUCUAUUAGAAGCACUGUAGCGUUGGAUUCACCCUUUGGACAAAGACCGAGACCGCUUGUAUACCUAUACGUGUGUCCUGCACUGACUGGUUCCAGUUGAAAUGGUUUCUUCACAAGGCAGUGACUGUUGUUGUCUGAGGCCCAGAACUAUGUCGAUGAAAUAAUCAGAAUUAAGCCAUCUCAAUAUAUUAUACUCUCAAAAGAUUGUCACCUGUGCUAUUGCAUUCCUGUCCGCCAUUUUAAGACCAGGAUGCGAGUAGGCAGGGACGCUACAGAUGGAUUCGGGGGUUACGUCACAUUUCUGAACCUGCUUCCUUUCCUUGUCUCCUUUCCUUUGUGACCACUGAUCUGAAAAACAGCAACAGUUGAAAGUAAUAUGAUGGAUGCCUGUCCAGGUGUUUCACAAUGGAAAGGCAAAGAAAUAAGGUAGCCAGUUAAGAAUAUUAGGACACAGCCAUGUUUUUAGGUGUGUUAUAUGGACAGCAUGUCUUUCAUAUGUGUCACAUGCUGUGUAAUGGUUUCAAAGUGCUUCAGCCAGAGUCAUAUCAAGUUUUACAAGGCCUCUGUGUAUGUUGGCUAUGUGCACAAACAUUGCGUCAAUAUUUUAAACACUAUUUUAAAUUAAUUUGUACUCAUAAGUUAUUCAGAGAACAAACCUACUUUCUUUUCUUCCUAAUUUUCUGUUGCUGAGAAGACAGUGGCCAAAUUAUAAUCCAACUACAGCGAUGCAAAACAAAUAACUUCAGAUUCACAAUAUUGUACAGUAUGCUAUACUUCAACAGUUCUGCUUUAGUUUCCAACAUGAGUUGUCCUUCCAUGUUCCUCGUCAUUCCCAUGUGAAUCUGUGACAUGCUUGAACUCUAAUGGUAUUUUCUGUACAGUAAUCGUCUGACGUACAUCAAUAAAAUUCCGUUCUCUGUC